GAAAUCGAGACUGGAAAGAAGAAGGGAGGAGUCGCUUCAUCAGCCAUUCUUGUCUUACAGGGACCCAGCUGUCACUGGGAAAGGAGGAGGGAGGUAGAGAGAAAGAGAAUUUUACUAUUGUGUGAAUCAAGAGGGAGGGGGCGGAACAGGGAGGAAAAAGAGAAAAGUGAGGAACAGCAUUUGUUCUACCUGAGCUCGAGCUUUUUUGCAAGCUAGUGCUGCUUCUGAAUUGGAAAGUAGGAGCCGGCACUGCUGCUGCUACAACAACAGCCACACAUCAUGUCUGGUUACCAGGGCAAGAAGAAUAUCCCCAGGAUAACUAGUGACCGUCUUCUUAUUAAAGGAGGAAGAAUAGUCAAUGAUGACCAGUCAUUCCAUGCUGACAUUUACAUGGAGGAUGGUCUUAUAAAGCAAAUUGGUGACAACUUAAUAGUUCCUGGAGGAGUGAAGACCAUAGAAGCCAAUGGGAGGAUGGUUAUCCCUGGUGGAAUUGAUGUCCACACUCACUUGCAGAUGCCAUACAAAGGAAUGACAGCUGUGGAUGACUUCUUCCAGGGGACAAAAGCAGCCCUGGCGGGUGGGACUACCAUGAUCAUUGACCAUGUUGUACCUGAAACUGAAUCAAGCCUGGUAGAAGCUUAUGAGAAAUGGAGAGAAUGGGGUGAUGGGAAGGCUUGCUGUGACUACUCCUUGCAUGUGGACAUCACCCACUGGAAUGACAGCGUCAAGCAGGAAGUACAGACACUCAUCAAAGAGAAAGGAGUUAACUCUUUCCUGGUUUACAUGGCCUAUAAAGAUUUGUACCAGAUGUCAAACACAGAGCUGUAUGAGAUAUUUAAUUUCUUAGGAGAACUUGGUGCAGUAGCUCAGGUUCAUGCUGAAAAUGGGGACAUAAUUGCACAGGAGCAAGCUAGGAUGUUGGAGAUGGGAAUAACUGGCCCGGAGGGUCAUGUGCUAAGUAGACCAGAAGAGUUGGAGGCUGAAGCUGUCUUCCGUGCCAUUACCAUUGCCAGCCAGACCAACUGCCCCUUGUAUGUGACUAAAGUCAUGAGCAAGAGUGCAGCUGAUCUGAUAUCACAAGCCCGGAAAAAGGGCAAUGUUGUGUUUGGUGAGCCAAUCACAGCCAGUCUUGGAACAGAUGGAACCCAUUACUGGAGUAAGAACUGGGCGAAAGCUGCUGCAUUUGUGACAUCCCCACCUCUGAGUCCAGAUCCAACAACCCCAGAUUACAUCAACUCCUUAUUGGCUAGUGGGGACCUCCAAGUCUCUGGAAGUGCGCAUUGUACAUUCAGUACAGCACAGAAAGCGAUUGGGAAAGACAACUUCACCGCCAUUCCAGAGGGAACCAAUGGCAUUGAAGAACGGAUGUCUGUUAUAUGGGACAAAGCAGUGGCUACAGGGAAAAUGGAUGAAAACCAAUUUGUGGCUGUGACAAGCACCAAUGCUGCCAAGAUCUUCAACAUGUACCCAAGGAAGGGCAGGAUUGCUGUUGGGUCAGACAGUGACCUGGUCAUUUGGGAUCCUGAUGCAGUGAAAAUUGUAUCUGCUAAAAGCCACCAGUCAGCAGCUGAAUACAACAUAUUUGAAGGAAUGGAGCUCCGUGGAGCCCCGCUGGUUGUCAUAUGUCAGGGAAAGAUCAUGCUUGAAGAUGGCAACCUUCAUAUAACACAAGGGACAGGACGAUUCAUUCCUGGCAUCCCAUUUUCAGAUUAUGUCUACAAGCGCAUCAAAGCAAGGAGGAAGAUGGCUGAAAUGCAUGCUGUGCCAAGGGGCAUGUAUGAUGGGCCUGUGUUUGAUUUGACUACUACACCUAAAGGAGGUACCCCUGCAGGCUCUACUCGUGGUUCUCCUACUAGGCAGACACCACCUGUAAGAAAUCUUCACCAGUCUGGAUUUAGUUUAUCAGGUACUCAGAUUGAUGAAGGUAUUCGCUCGGCCAGCAAGCGUAUAGUAGCCCCUCCUGGGGGGCGUUCCAAUAUAACAUCUCUAAGUUAAGCUUCCAGUCAUUGGGAAAAGAAAGAAAAUGGAAAACCAUUAUUUGGGAAAACAGAGCAAUGGUACCUUGAUAUUUAAGA